CUCUCUAAGCUUCUACUCCACUUUUGUACCUUUUUUGUUCUCUCUCUCUCUCUCUCUCUCUCUCUCUCUCUCUGGAAUGUUGAGCUGAAGAAAGAAGCUUGCUACUUGGAAGAAAGGUUAAGAACAAAAUGAGGGGUCCUUUGGGUGCAGUCAUAGGAAGAUACUCAUCAAGUGAUGGAACCACCCCAGUUGGUGGGAUCAUAAGGCACAACAGAAAAUGCAGCGACAUUGCUGUUCUUGUUAUCUUAAUAGCAUUCUGGAUUUCCAUGAUUGUAAACUCUAGCUUUGGUUUCAACCAAGGGAACCCUUUGAGGCUUACUUAUGGGCUGGAUUAUAAAGGAAAUGUGUGUGGGGACAAGCAUGCAGGGCUUCACGAAGUUGAGCUAUUGUACUGGCUAAAUCCUAAUCAGGUAUAUCAAAGUGGAUUGAAGGAUAGCAAGCUAAAACUGGUCGACGCUCGCAGCAUAUGCUUGUUGGACUGCCCUGUACCUUCUGAAGAUUCACUUAAUUGGGUGUGUGAUUAUCCCGAAGGAGACAUUCGUCUUAGUAUGGAUGAUUGGAUUGAUAGCAACUAUAAUUAUUAUGAGUACCUUACACCGGAAAUGAGAAACUCCUCUCUUCAACUUCAGGGCCCUUGUUAUCCUGUCAUAUUUCCUAGUGUAAAUGUUUACUGGACUUGCCAAUUCAUUGCUCGUGCAUCAAAUGUGUCAUUAAACCAUUGGCAGCAGAUGGGUGGAGUUAGCAUCAAUGAAGACAUUGUUAUUGAUAAGUCUAUUCACAAGUAUAUCAACUCUCGGUCAGCCGUCUUAAAGAGAUACAUGGCUGACAUAGGAAAGUCAUGGCCUGUGCUGAUUGUUUGUGGGGGGAUUAUACCUCUGUUUCUAUCCGUGAUUUGGCUGCUGAUGAUUCGGUAUUUUGUCACUGCAAUGCCUUGGGUGACAGUGGUUUUCUUUAAUCUCCUAAUGGUAUCAGUCACAAUGUUCUACUACCUGAAAGUUGGAUGGAUAGGAAAUAAUGCUAUUUCCCCCAUCAUUGGCGAGCACGAUCCUUACAUUCAUGUAUCUGGGAGGGAGCUGACUCAUCUACGCAUUGGCACUAUAAUGAUGACAUUUAUAACAAUUGUUGCAAUUCUGACAUCAAUUGCUAUUGUCCGACGCAUCCUUAUAGGAACUUCUGUUCUUAAGGUUGCUGCAAAAGUGAUAGGAGAAGUUCGAGCACUCAUCACUUUUCCGGUCAUACCGUAUUGUAUUCUUGCAAUGUUCUACAUGUUCUGGAUUUCUGCUGCUCUCCAUUUGUUCAGCUCUGGUCAGGUUGUUCAAAACAACUGCAAUUCUAAUUGCUGUGCAUAUGAUCUCCUUGAGAAAAAGGUGAACUGUGAUCGUUGUUGCGGAUAUAGCAUUCAUUACACACCACAUAUAGGAAUCGCCAUCCUUUUUCAUCUAUUUGGGUGUUACUGGGCCACACAAUUCUUCAUAGCAUGCUCAUCAACAGUGAUUGCUGGAUCUGUUGCUUCUUAUUAUUGGGCACGUGGUGAAAAUUCUCAAGAAAUCCCUCUUCUGUCAGUCAUUUCCUCCAUGAAGAGGCUUAUGCGUUACAAUCUGGGUUCUGUGGCUCUUGGCUCUCUGACUGUAUCAUUUGUAGAGUCGAUCCGACUUUUGCUUGAAUCCAUGCGUCGCAAACUAAAAGUCUCCAGUUAUGAGCCCGAUAACUGGAUUGGCAAGGCUGCAUACCGUACUUCUCAAUUUUUUCUAAGGUGUAUUGGAUGGAUCAUCAAAUCAGUGAAUCGAAAUGCAUACAUAAUUAUUGCUAUAACAGGUGAAAGUUUCUUCAGAUCUUCUGCUAUUGCAACAGAAUUGAUUAUGAAUAACAUCCUGCGGAUCGGACGUGUCAAUGUGAUUGGAGAUGUUAUUUUGUUCCUUGGAAAACUAUGUGUUAGUCUCUCAAGUGCUGUUUUUGCAUUCCUUAUGUUGGAUACACACAAGUAUAGAGCUGCACAUAACAAGAUCACAUCCCCACUCUUGCCUGUUCUGGUUUGCUGGAUUAUUGGGUACAUUGUCGCAACGCUUUUCUUUGGAGUCGUUGAGAUGUCAAUUGAUACCAUCAUUCUCUCUUACUGUCAGGAUUCAGAAGAGAAUGGAACAGCACAGUAUGCUCCACCCCUUCUCAUGGAAACUCUCAACAAUAACCAAAAUGAGACGCAAAGGCUUACACAAGGAUCCCAAUGAAAUAUGGCCCAUGGUUUAUUUUUAUCAGUGAUGACUCUCAACAGGGCUUCAACAUUUAGGAUCAUUCUAAGGUGCUCAUUUUUAUCACCUUAGUUUUGUUCUCCCCGUGUAUGUGUAUAUGUAUAUGUUAGUAUGUGCCCAAGUUACAAGUAGCUGUUUAAGCAAGUUGUAAUUUUUGACAAACGAGAUUGUGCUAGAGUAUCAUGUUUUGGGAACAAAAAGAACAUAUUCAAUGCAAAAGUUAGCAUUGCUUAAAA